CCGGACUACAACAAUAAAAUGCCGGUAGCAGCCUACUACAUCAUCCGCUACACAAAAAGAUGGUCGAGUAGCAGAAUAUGGCUUCCUUUUAGCAGCUGUUAUGUGAUUCUUCCUUUGUCUUCAAGAGAGCAAGGAGGACGAUCAGUGAGCAUGAAGGUGCGGAGUUCUCAAGUUUAAGCGCUCAGAGCAUAGAUAAAGUGCAUCUCUCUCUUUUUGUUUCAACCACCAUAUCUUGAUCGAAUUUACACGCAACAUAAGCAUAUGUCAUAUUCAUCCCCAACAACAGAUCAAGUGACAGUAACUGAACGACGACGAUGCUGGAUCUGUUUCGAUGAGGACUCCAAAGAACAAGAGGGAAGUGAACAAGUAGUAUGGGUAAAGCCAUGCAAAUGUUCGUUGACUUCUCAUGAACAAUGUCUCUUGGACUGGAUUGCCGAAAAUCAAAAGACCUCGCCUCGACAUAAAGUACAAUGCCCUCAAUGCGCUACCCCUUACGUAAUUGCCGACAGUGCAAGCCAAACGUUAAUUGUGUUAACGACGUUAGACCGAUUUGUCCAUGCAGCUGCUCCAUAUAUCACGCUUUUAGGUUUGGGCUGCUCAGCACUAGUAACUUCGACAACAUUUGGCGCAUACACCGUCAUGAGCUUCUUGGGGCCAGAGCAAGGAGAGCAGCUGAUGGGUGUCCCUGCGCAGUGGUCAUGGCGCGUAUGGAUCAGCCUGCCCGUCAUCCCGAUGAUAUUGAUCUCGUCUCGGUAUCGUUGGGCAGAUGGGUUUUUACCCUUCGCGACUUUGUUAUUACUGAGAGCGAUUGGUAGUCCAUUACAUCAGACCAAAUUUUCGUGGCCUCCUUCCCCAGUGGCGACAUUAGGUUUAUUUCCAUGGAUCAGAAGGGAAGAACAGUGCCUCUAAAGGUUAUAUCACACUUUCUCACUCUCCGUAUCUAUACAUAGAUUGGUCUAUAACAAUUUGUUUUUACUCGUACAAUUUCGGCUAUCACGAUUAAUACUACGAUGUCGAUCAAAAAGUUCACAACGCCGAUUUCAGCAG